AUGGCUGCCUCUCGCGUCGAUCUGAACAUCGACGAGGAUCGAACGACGGUCAACGAAUCAUCGAUCCACUGUGAGUCUCCGGUAUCGGAGGAUUCAAGUGUCACCGGCGACGUCGACAAGCAACGAAAGACUGACAAGGAGGAUUCGCUAGAACCACGUGCUGUAAUCAGCGAAGAUGACAGAAUGGGAAGGCUGAUCGUCACCGAGGAUCCUUGCAAGAGAUCGAGUAAAAACGUCUACGGUUCCAAUUCGACAGUUCACGACGGUAGAAAGAAAUCGUUACUUGGCCAAGAUAAAACAACUAAGAACUGGAGGAAAAGGGAACUAGCUGACCAGUCGAAAAGUCUCGACUCGGAGAUCACAGAUCGGAAAACUCGGCUGGAUGACGCAUACGAUCUCUCCCCUGGUCAGAAGCGUCUGAACGUGGACUUUAGGGUCGAUAACUCGAUACAGAUUAAAGAACAGAAGAACUCGGAGCUGAGCAAGAAGUUGGAGAACAACCAAGCACCGAUCUCUACCAGGGUCAUCCAUAAAUUAAUGGGUUCCGGAAAGCAACGUAAUUCCAACAGCGGGAAAAAGGAUCAACGAGAAGUUUCACCGCGGCACGGACCACGGAAUCACGCGAAUCUGAUCGUCGAUACGACGGAGGGUUCGGUUGAAGGUUCAGCCAGCUCUCGAACGGAAUCACCUCGUAAACUUGCCGAUUCUCCGGGAGACUGUGCGGCUAGGUCGACCGUAAAGCGACGCGAGGACGUCGCGGAGAGCAAGAAAACUCGAUCAUCGACGAGUCAAGAGAGUCCUCCUGUCAGCGAACCUCGAUCCUCGAGCGACGCGACGCCCGUUCGUAAACCGAGGAAACACGUCGCUUCGGGGAAGUGUGAAAGCUGCGGAGAACCGAACCUAUCGUACGAGAGAACCUAUCUGCAUAAAUACUCCGGAAAUUUGGACUGCGAGGGGCUUGUGUACGAGGAGAACCACGCGAAUGGACGCGAGUCGAGGCAAGAGACCCCCGUUGCCUCUUUGCUCUAUCACAGCAGGUCUUUGCCGCGAUUGUCGGUGCACGACAGCGGGGUAGCUUGCAGCGGAAACGAGCAAACGGCCGUCGCGGGUCACCCCCAUAACACCAGACAAUUGGUGGCUGAUCUGAAGCAACUGCACACGUUGAAACAGCACUACUAUCCGGAGGGAGGCUGGGGCUGGGUCGUGGUGUUCGUGGGGGUGCUGGUGCAGAUGUUGUCUCACGGAAUGCACGAGUCGAGCGGUGUCUUUCUGCAUCAGGUGGCUGAUAAGUUUGGCUUCCAUAUGUACUUUGAGACAGGGUGGCUCGGAGCAAUGUCGACGGGAGUGGCUCUACUAGUUUCGCCUGUAACAAUAGCGUUUUGUCGAAGAAAAAGUACAAGACUCACCGCGGUUUUGGGUGGCCUCGUUACAGCACUCGGCUGCCUUUUCACUUCUUUCGCCUCGCAGUUCCACCAAUUGUUCUUCAGCUACGGCACCGUUGUUGGCAUAGGGGUUGGCAUGACGAGAGACUGCAGCACGCUAAUGGUGGCGCAAUAUUUCAAAAGAAGGAGAGAGUUGGUCGAGAUUUUCAUCGUGUCCGGAAGUGGCCUUGGUAUAGCUGUUAUGUCGGCCUUCAUAAAGGGAAUGAUUAGUAAAAUUGGCUGGCGUUUGGGCCUUCAAGCGGUAACCGGUGUAGUUUUCCUCACAUUCAUCCUGGGUACCUUCUAUCGAAGCGCAUCCCUGUAUCAUCCUCAACGCAGAGCCAUUUUACACUUGAAAAAUCAGAAGCGCAAGAUCAAAGACAAGAACAAAACCGACGACAGGCCACCGUUCUUCGACUUCAGCACGCUGAAGAGCAAAACCGUAAGGAUACUACUGGUGUCCACUGGAAUAUCUGCCUUCGGGAUCAACACACCGAUAUUUUACUUGGCACAUCAGGCAGAAGAAGAAGGCCUCGGAGACACGGUGGUCCUGCUCCAGGCUUAUCUCGGUCUUGCCUGGACCCUCGGUUGCGUGGCCUUUGGUCUUUUGGUUGUGCAUCGCAGCGUCGAAUGCAGGAUAGCCCGUCAGUAUCUCACACAAGCGGCUGUAUUUGUAUGCGGAUUGUGCAUCUUGGCCCUCACCGCUGUUCAAGGAAAUUACCACGGAUAUGUGCUGUUCGCCUGGAUUUAUGGUAUCUUCUGCGGUGGUUAUCACUAUAGCCUGAAAAUGUACACGUACGAAAGAGUGAGAGCGAGGAACUUCGCGAGAACCUGGGGUUUCGUGCAGUGUUCUCAAGCUAUACCGAUAGCAAUCGGAGUUCCAAUUUCGGGGUACAUGAACGUCGGGUGCGGUGGAAAAGCCGGUUACUAUUUCAGCUCGACCUGCGUUCUCGUAGGCAGUUUCACUCUGUUCUUCAUAGACUUGCACAGAAGAAAUUUGUCGAGGCACAAGCACGUCAGGUCUAACGGAACCAAGCAUCUCUGCGUCUCAGACAGUUGCCCGCAACGAAGGAAAUUGUCGUUCAGUCAGGAGCCAGAGAACGACGGUCCUCAUGUGACUGCUGCUGGAGCUGCUGCUGCUGCUCUUGUGCUUGGCGCAGAAAUUGCACCGACUCCAGGUGAAAUGAUCGAUGCACUGGCCCCAGAGAAACCCGAGCUGACGUGCAUUUCCGAGGAGGGAAUCGCAGACAUGGAUCUUCCCGACAACGUUCUCGAGGACUUCGAUUACAUCGGUGACUGCAUAACCUCGUGCAACAAGGUCGAGAAUUAUCUGAUGCUGUCGGAGUUCGAGAACAAUUUGAUCGCUGAAAUACCGAUCAUCACGGAUCGCCGAGGUCGAAGGUGGUCCCUGGCACGUUCGAAGGGCGGUCAAUCGAAUUUCGAUCGACCCGCCUCCCUUCAAUCGACAAACGACGAGGCCAAUUCCAAGCCUAAAUGGCACGUGACGAAUGUGCCUCCUAAUAACAGGGUGAUCACGGUGAUCGACGAAGCGAGCGCGUAA